UUGAACGUAAAAAAUUGAUACCUUUUUAAUUACUUUUGAUACAUUAACAUUUUUUAGAACGAUCUGAUCUUUUGUGGUUUGGGAAAACUACAUAAAGAUAUUUUGAGAAAUUACUCACUUCUAGAGAAAAGGAAGCGAUAAAAUGUGUGACAACUUUCGUGUGAUAAGUAUUGCUUUCCCACUGCAAUAACAACUCGAGUCUCCUGCAGACUUUGGACUGCAUUUUAAAGUAUUAAUUUGGUCUUCAAGCUUGGAGCCCCGAACCUGUGCGGGCUUAUAAUGGCUUUCAUCAGAUGGAGAAACCUACUCGAAGGGAUGACGAUGCGUCGGGCUUUGCUGGAACCAGUGAUUCUGCUGUAUAUGAUUUCCAUCUGGAUGCAGUUCAAUUUGUUCCAGACCCUUAUCUAUCGGAAAGUGUGCUUGAAGUUAUAUUCCAACGAGUCGUUCUGUGCAGAUCUACUGCGAAAUGAAUCGGCUCAUAAAGCGGAAGCCGCGGUGGCGCAUGAAACGGCAUCGAGUUUGUUGUUCUAUUCCAAUCUGUGCUUAACUAUUCCGUCAAUCCUGCUGCUGCCCUUCUUGGGAACAUGGGGCGAUAAAUUCGGUCGAAAAUUUCCUGCUAUCCUUCCAGCUGUUGGGGCUUUGUUAUCGGCAGUAAAUUAUGCCAUAUGCUCGGGGAUCUCCAGCACACCGGUGGAAUUGCUGUUGUUGUCAAACUUCUUUCAAGGCAUAACCGGCGGCUUUACGGGAUGCAUAAUGGCUGUUUCCAGCUGGGCGUCGCACAUAUCGUCACUUAAAGUUCGUACAUCUCGUCUUGGAUGUCUGGAAUUCGCCAAUUUGCUCGGGACUUCGAUUGCCCCUGCGAUCGGUGGUGCGAUUGCUUCAGCGACAUACGGCGGAUAUCCCUUAGCGUUUGCUUUGGCGGGGUCUCUUAAUAUCAUUUUGACCCUGUAUGUUAUAUUCUUCUUGCAAGAACCGGAACGUCAGCAUGAACAUAAGGGUGGAAUACGGCAGAAUUGCCGAACGAUGUGGAGUCUGGAAUUUUUGAAGGACAUGUAUGGUUUAUUACGCUGGAUUUAUAUUGAACAACGCGCUCGGUUGUGCAUUGUGGUGGCAGCGUUCGCAUUAAUGUGCACCUGGACAUUGUCAACCGGGACGAAUGAAAUCCGCUAUUUGUACAUUCGGACGCUGAAUCUUAACUGGGAAACGUUGGAAUACAAUCUGUUUUCGGCUGAGGACGCGUUUAUUCGUGGAUUGACUCUGAUAACGGUGUUGCCCCUUCUCAAGAUGCUUUUUCACGUUCGGGAUUUCAUCAUUAUUGUUUUGGGAUUUAUCUCCAAAAUCGCGAUGUUUAUCAUAUAUGCGACGAGUGUCAACAGCGUUAUGAUAUUUCUCGCUGUUGUUGCUGGAUUUCUCGCGGCUGCAGUAUCUGCAUGCGGGCGCUCGAUAUGCUCAAGAAAUAUACACCGAGAUGACCAAGGAAAGCUUUUUGGCAUCCUGGGAAUUUUGGAAAAUUUAAGUUCGUUACUGGGAUCUUUAAUCUUCCAAAAUGUAUACACGGCCACUCGGGAAUGGUAUCCUGGUUUCUCAUACGCCCUUGCGGCGGGACUGCUCGUUAUACCUGGCUCAGUUAUCAUGUUUUGUUACCGUACGCUGCGAGAAUAUGAUGCAAGAGCCGAAAACGAGCACAGUGCGCUGAUUGACGAAGAACAGUUUGUGGAUGAUCCAGUUUCAGCAGCGUCUGUUGAGGAUCUUGAUUUUGAACCUUCGCGAACAGCGUCGGUGACGGUAUAACGGAUUCGGAUUAGUUUGCUUAAGGGACCAGAUCUAAAAUGUUGUGAUAUUAGGAUUUGACGUAGGUCUGUGAUUGGCUUCGACUUUCCGUUAACAGUUGUGAUUAAUUUUCUUUUGCUCAAGUCUUAAUUUUGCGAUUUCUAACUACAAUAAUGAUAAUGACAAUUAAAUUUACGAAAUUGCAUUUGCGAAAGAAAGGAGUUAAUUGCUUAUUGCGGGAGUAAUCUUCGCCAUACAUUGACUGUUGAGUAAAUGUUGCACACAAGAAAGAGGAAAGCAGAACUGCACCGCGUAGAUUUCUUACUCACACUGCUUACUGCAAUGUUCACUGCUUCACUGAUUUUCUUUUGCAGUAACUAAGAAAAAAUAAGUACCCGAUGGUACUGAAUGCCUGUGAUGCAAUAAUUAAAUAACCGAAGACCUGUGGCCAUGCCAGGAACAGUGCAAGAAGAUAUUUCAGCCGAUUCAUGAGCUUCUUCAGCGAAUAAUGUACAGCGCAGAAGAUGCCACGCUCUUUGGCCUGAAUAUUUUCCAAAAUGAUCUGAGACCCCGCCAGGUCAAUCAUCCAGAAUGCUAAUCUUCCAACCGUUAAAGCUGCGGAGAAUACCGCUAGCGACGUCAUGAUUGGCGAAGUUGCAGGAGUAACGUCGGGGACUGCUGUCGUAUAGUUUAGGGCGUAAGUUUCGUUCACUUCUCGAAUAAAAAAGUACGGAUCGAAUGGACUUCCGGGCAUCCAGUUGGAACUAACGGCAACCAGGCCGCACAUCAUGUGCACAAGCAUAGAUGCGAGGGUCACCGCUUCGAGUGACAGAAUUUCGCGCGCUUUGGGAAACAGAAAUGUACUGAAAAUUCCUGUUAAAGCGUCUCCACCGGCUAAUA